GAAGAUUAUGAUUCUAUGCAUGGAGAAGAGUAUGAACCAAUGUAUGAGAAAGAGUAUAAACUAAUGUUUGAGGAAGAGCAUGAACCAAUGCAUGAGAAAGAGUAUAAACCAAUGUAUGAGAAAACAUAUGAACCAGAGUUAUAA